UUGAACAAAUUCGAGUGACCAAAAGCUUCUCUUAAUUACAGUUCAAUUUACAAGCAGCAGCAGAAUUAAGCUAGGUAGUAGCAGCACUAGUAUGGCGUCGGCGGCGGCCGGGUCGUCGAAGCAGCAGCAGCAGGUGACGACGAUGCUGCCGUCGUCUCGCGGCGGCGGGUGGACGCAGCGGCAGAACAAGCAGUUCGAGUGCGCGCUGGCGGUGUACGACAGGGAGACGCCGGACCGGUGGCACAACGUGGCCCGCUACAUGGGCGGCGCCAAGUCCGCCGACGAGGUGCGCCGCCACUUCGAGCAGCUCGUCGAGGACGUCGCCCGCAUCGAGUCCGGCCGCGUCCCCUUCCCUCGCUACGCCGCCGCCGGCCUCGACGACGGAAGAUCUAGGUACCUGAAGUUUCAGUGACGACAAUUCUAGAGGAUGACAAUAUAUGCACGAUCGAUCAACCGUGACUCUGAG